UCUGGCUUGUUUCUUGGGCAUCGCUUUCACGAAAGAAAUAUCGCUCUGCCUGGAUUUGGCGUUUGGAUUAGAACGGUGAACAAUAUAAACUGUAGACGUGUGCAUUUUAUUCAUGCGAUUUUGACAUCAGACUGUACAAAAAUUCUCAAAAAGCUCUUCAACGCUGCUUGGCAGCUGAAAAUCUAUAAUUCCCCACUGUGUUGCUAUGGCUAACUACAAUCAAAAUACAAUAAUAUUUUAAUUUGAACAUAUUUUAGCUUUGCCGGAUACCGUUCAUGCAGAGAAAAUUCGCGUUCUAAUAUCAUCGCGAAUCGGUGUUUGAGCACUAGAUUUGUUUAAAUUGAGCCGUAUUUUUCAUAACCGAAGUUCCGUGUGGAUCUUUUGUGUGACUGAUGCCUAAUCUCUGCUAGUCUAUACCGUAGAAUUCGUGUUGAUGUAGGGACUUUCGGAAGAAAGUUAGUUCUGAACUGUCUUAGUUGGAAAUUUCGGUGUCAAAUUGUACUUACGAAUGCCUCUCUACAACAACAACAAGCACACGAAACGGCUCCGGGGCAAUUCAUGUCCGGCAGGUGUCUCGUUUGAAUAUCGAAAUGAUAUCAAGAAAGACGGACCCGGGCCGCUACAAAAGUCAAAAUCGACGAAUUUUAUCGGACUUCUUCUCGAAAAAGAGCACAAUCUCGUCCGCGAGAGACGACAAAGUCUUCCGGAUUCUUUCCGGGACGAGUUAUCCCGUCCUGCGGUUAUCGACGAAAAACAUAUCUCGGAUCAUUUUCCAAAUUAUUCCUCUCGACGGACAGGUGGCAGUGUACACAAUUCGUUUUACAGCAAAUUAGUCCCUGCGAAUUCGCAAAGUCAUUCGUCGGCUGACGCUUCUAAUCAGCAUACGAAACAAAACAAGUCGCCUGUUCAUCGCUGUUUUGCCAUUGCGCGUUCAUUUCUAAAUGAAAUACCCUUUGAUAUUUCGUCAGAACUUCGCACGGAAAAUCGAGACAUUUACCCGACUAAUCUAACAUCGACAAACGAAAUUGAGCAAGCGAUAAAGAAAAGCAAUGAAGAUCCAUUGUCUGCCUCGUUAAAAGCGGUUAGUCAUUCGCAAAACGAUACCACGUUGUUGAAUACAUGCGAAUCAGCAGAAUAUUCUCAUUGUUCAUCGUUUAAAUCAUCCUCAACUGAAGAAAAAAGUGAAAAUCCUGGCAUAAUUUUGACUUUUCAAAGCCCGGAUCUCAAUAAAACUCUGCCAACCGAAUUAUUAAAAUCGUUUGAAAAUAUCGAGUGCAUUAGAAAGACACACGGCGUAUUGUCUAGUUCAAGCGGAAAUGGAAAACCUUUGAACGACGCUUUCCUUGGGACGUUUUUCGAGGAAGUGAGCAAUUCAGAAGUCGAUGAACUCCUAGAACGUUUCAAUAGGUUGAUACAAAAGCGUGAUACAGAUGAUUUAUUAGAUUCCCAAGCAGACGACGACGUUAAACGGCUGGAAUCUAGCAUUAAAGGAACCGAACUUUUAGUUGAGAGCCUGGCCGCUCAGGUCGAGGAGACGAAAAGCGAAAUUGAAAUGUCGAACCAGAAACAAGGGAACGAGAUAAACGAGUUGGUUUCGUUUAACGAAGAGAUUCACUCCAUCUUGUCGGCAAAGGAGUCUGAGAUUAGGGAGAUUCUCGAGCGUUUCUCUACCUACAGAGAUGCGGUCGAGGCUGAUACAAAGGAAAAAGAUGAAAUCUACUCGGAGGAGACGAGCAAGCGUGAAGCUCUGAUUAACGAACUACAGUUAACCAGAGAUGCACUUCUCGAACAGCUGACACAACAGACUCAGAUGUUAAGGGAGAUCAUUUUUGACGCGCAAACGUUCGAAGCUACACACGUUGAACAGCUUGGCGAUGUUCAUCAGCUUGUCGCUGGACUUUUGGAAAAGUUUUCCGAUCAGGAAGCCAGCCUAGUUUGUCAACGUAUUAGCGUGAAACUAGAGACAUCGAUUGCUACAAUCAAAGAGAAGGAUUAUACAAGGUACGUCAGUUGCCUUGACAUCAGUGAACUGGAAGAAAAGUCGUCGGAAGAAUUAAAGGAGAAUUACCGGAGUUCAAAAUUGGGCAAAAGUUUAUCAUCUUCCGUCGACGAAGGAACAGGAUACUCCAUCAUGUCUUCAUCAGACGGGGAGAGGAACGAUUCAACGCUAACAGACAAUGAACCCGCUUUGAACAACGAACGUGUAGGACAAGGAAAAUUCUCGUCGGAUAAUUUUAUAAGCGGCUCGCUAAUUGGUACAAAAAACGACGAUUUGUACGAGACAUUCGACGAGGACUUUACGCAGCUGCUAAGACACGUUGAUGAAUUUGAGAGCGAUAACGAGGCCUUAAACGGAUACAUAGACAAGAAACUGGUCGCGAAACUCUUGGAAGAGCUAUACACGAAAUUCCAGUUCAUUUGUAAAGAGAAGGACGCGGAGAUCCAACAUUGGAUAAAAAAACAUAAACAAGAUACAAACGAUUUACACGGAACUUUGGAAGAACUGGAAAGGGAGGAUGAAAAGAACAGAGAAUGUGUAAUGCAGCUUCAAAAUGAAAUAGAGAAACUACAGCAGAGAAACAAAUUUCUUGAAUCUGAAGUUGAAUUCGAGAAGGAACAAGGCGAAGACGACGUUUGCUAUUUGAAAGAAAGUUUUCAAAAAGAUCUGAGCGCUCAACUGAGACGUCAAAGCCAGACAUUUUUAUGUGUAGAGGAAAGCGCCAGGAACGAGCUUGCUGAGAUGGAAUCGAAAAAUGAGGAGCUCGAAAAGGUCAAUGAUGAUCUUCGAAGGAAAAUCGAUCAACAGUGCUCUGAAAUGAAAUCCUGGGCUUCAGAUAUGUUGAUUCUUUCCGAAGAGGAAUAUCAUGAAGAGUUUAAUUCGAUAACCGAAGUCCUUGCGAAACUACACAAGAUUAUUAAAAAGAAUAAGAGCACUGUGGCGGAACUUCAAGAGGAAUUGGACGAGUAUAAAAGGAAAGCAUACGAGCUCAGUUCCAGCCCAGAAGUGCUGGCUGGUAGUUUGGGAGGAAACUCAUGGAACAGUAUGGAACUACAGAAAGAUCUCUGUCGAAACUGCAAGCAAGUGAAGUGGCAGAGAGUUCUGAAAGGUAGUUUCGAUCUGGUCGACUCUUCCUUGGAGGGAAAACAAGACGAAGUGGAAAGAUUAGUGAAUAAGCUGAGCAUUGAUGAGAUGAAACAUCGCAAGAAACAUUCGUUGAAGGAUAGCCUUGAGCUUGCUGAUGAUCAGUUUGAGAAUCUUCAGCGCCUUAGUAGACACGAAUUUGGUUCUCUAGGGACGCUGGGCGAGGAUAGCUUGGAGGAUUGUUCUGAAAUCGAUUUUUCCGCAGGAGAUUCCACUGGCAAAGAUGUGGUCGAUGGCUUGGGUGCUUCAAAACUUGAAGAUGAUGAAUUACCUCAUGAUCCGUCUCUUGAACAAGGAGAUGAGGCAUCAAAUGAUCAGAGAAAGGAAGAAAGCAACUCUACGAGCAAGGCAGAAGCGAAUACUACAAGUGGUGUAGCUGCAAAUACAGUCGAGAAUUUGGACGAAAGUUGGAAAAGUAUUCACGUGAGUCCACGGCUAUCAAGUCAAUAUUCCAUACGAUCCGACCCAGAGUUUAAUGGUUUACAUAGAGAUUUGAAUCUCAAAGGUAGUGAGCACCAAGGGACUGGUGCGACGGAUGUUCGUGGGGUUGGGUUGGAAUCCGUUGAAGAGAUUUCAGAAGGAGAGGAGAUUGAUGGGGGUGAUCAUGGUGAACGGUUGAUGAACGAGGACAACAGUGAAAAGACACGGGAAGAAGAUGAGGAUAGAGUUAAUGUAGUGAAUCUAUACCGAUCCCUUGUUCUUGAAAGUGAUAUGCCACAGCAUGGUAAUGAAGUUCGAGGAAUCUCUGGUGAGCAUCGGGAUAAAGUUGGUGUAUAUGGUGAUAAAAGUGGUAAAAAUGGUGAACAAUCUGGGGAUAACCAAUAUGGGUAUAAUCAUGAUAAUGAAUUAAACCAUCCAUCGAUGUUUUCUCGUGAUCAACAUUUUCAGAUACCCAAAAUUGUUGUCGGAAAAGAUUUCAACGGGAAUUUUCUUGUCAUACACGAAGAAGAAGAGGAAGAGGAAGAGGAAGGUGAGUACGCAGAAGAGAAUGAUUUACAUGAAGUAUCCGAAGACACAGAUCAUCCUGCAUCAGAAACAGCACUUGGUGAGUGUAAUGGUGAAGUGGGUGAUCAAGGUGAAGAAUAUGGUGAUGAAAUUGGUGAAUGCAUUGACGAAUCUGGUGAUUACAUUGAUCGCUCGGCUGUGAAACGUAAUACAACGCUUUUGGAAGACGAAGAUAUUUUUCACCCUGUAUCAACAGACAAUGUGAAUAUACAGAGCUUAGCUCGGAGUAAAAACGACCCCUCAGAAUCAUUCUCAACAAACGCAGAUGAUAGCAAUUCCAUAUUUGAAUUCGCUGGAGACUAUGCGGAAGGAAUACCUCCUCCUCCCAAAACAUGCUUUCACUGCAGCGAAAAUGUCGAAAACCUAAAAGCAAAACUGAUAGAGAUUGUCACAAGCCAACGUAGAGACCAGGAUGAUAAGAUUUUCCAGGAAUUGGAAGACACUAGAGAAGAAUUACGAGAAUGUCGAAGCGAGAACGAGAAAUUGGAUAAAAAUUGCGAAGAUUAUAGGAACUUCGUUGACGAAUAUUCCAGGAAUUUGGAACGCAAAAACCAAGAGUUGAGAGAAUUAAAACUUAGCAGUCUUAUUAUGAAGACUGAGAUAGAGUGGCUUAGGCAAGCGCUUGGAAUUACUAGAAAUUACACAGAAUCCUAGAACU